AUGUUUUACUACCCCACAGUUUUGAAGCGACAUUCAGGAUGUUUCUCUACAAUCUGGCUGGUUGCUACAAAAGGCAUCAGAGUUCGUCGCCGAGAUUUCCUACAAGUCAACGUCAAAAGAACCUGCGAUGACAUCAUGGACUACGUGCUGGAGCAGGUCCCGCCCCCUCGACCUGGUUUGCCUCGACCUCGCUUCUCCCUCUACCUCUCCUCCCAGCUCCAGUAUGGCGUCAUCCUCGUCUACCACCGACAGUGUGCUAUUUUCCUGGAGGAACUUCAGACCGUUGUGGGCGAGCUGGUGAAACAGAAAACGUCCCAGAAAAUUGAUAUGGAUGGUCACGGCAGACCAUCUGUGGACUUUCUUGACCCCCUGUCUCUCCUGGAGGAGGCAGAAGGAGCUCCUGACCCUUUAUUCGGAGUGAUGUACAUGCGGGAGCCCAUACCCAGUCCCAAUACACUGAUACAGAUGGGUCGGGAGAAUCUGCGAGAAACAUCGCCUGAGCAUCCUGAAAUGAGUCCAACUGCUGCUGCUGCACUAGAGAGCGUUUCCCCAGGCAUAACUGCGUCUCAAGAAAGCAUUACUCUAAAAGAGACGGAGCCUGUCGCUAUCCCUGUUGCAGAGUUUGAGGGCGAGGAGCUCGUCGAUCAGCAUCCGGACACUAUUGGCUUUCUCAUGGCCCAAACAAAUCACUUCCCAGAAGAGGAGUUCAAGAUGCCGAGAGAAGAGGUGACACUGGGAGACCAAGAGAGGGAGAUGGAAAGGGGCGGAAGUGAGGAAGACCUAGAGAAAGAUAGAACAAAAGAGCCCCCAGGAUCCUCUACUGAGUCACAGCCCACCAGGAUUUCUAGUGAGGACGCCGUGCUGUUGCCUCAGGAAGAGCCAGACCUGUCCGCCGAGAAGCCUGGACCCCCGUCAGACCAGCUCACCCCCGUCUCUGGGCCCGUUGUCCCGUCCCCGCCAUCUGCAGCAGAGGAACGUGGAAGUCCAACCCUACAGUCGGAGGAUGAGCCUUCUCCAAAGGUGAAGACGAGGAGGAAGAGGCAGCUGAUCUUCUUUGACUCGCAGACGCAGAUCGACCAGGAGGUGCUGCAGCAGCAGAUCGACGACCCUCUGACUGAGACCACACCAGCAGUUUACCUGCCGUCGCCUUCUGACAGGAUACCCUCUGCUGCUGAGCUCUUCAACACUCCCUGCACCUUCUUGCCAGAAGAGGUGCUGUUUCUAUGGAGACGUUCUGCGACCAUCACGCCCGUCUCCGGCUCAGACCUGCAGGCCGGGGAGAGAGGGCCCGAGUCCUCUGAGUCCGAAAAGGAAAGGGAGCGCGAGAUGGUUGAGGCGGCGGAGGCAUUGGUCCCCAGAGAUGUGGCAGAACCAGAGUUGUUUGAUAUUUCAGAGCCCGGCUCACUGCUGCUGGAGGGCUCCGACCAAAGGGAGGUGACUCGAGAGAUCUCCCCCAUAUACACAUCCGAGAAAGAAGGGUCUGUCGUCUCCAGGUCUGCUUCUGCACUGCAGGACAUCCCAGAGGUGGAGGACGAGUUGCCGGGGAUUGCUGCAGAGGAGUCUCCUGGGCUGCUGCCGGAUUUGCCCGAGCAUGAAGCACCCGUGGUGUUUCAGUCUCUUCUGCCGCCAGACGGCGACCGCAGAACUGUCAGCAACACCUUUCAGAGGCUCCUGGAGUUUUUAUCGGCCAGGAAGAUGCGUGCGGAGCAGGACGAGCCGUAUGGUGACAUACUGAUAUUCCCUGGGACCAACUACGGAGAGGUGCCUCUGACUCUGUGAGGGGGGCACA